AUGGCAAGCUUAAAUGAUUCAAGGUACGAGGUUUUAAGUGAAUUAGGAGAUUUAACAUUCUUUUUUUCUUUUCAGCCCUUUGGAAAAUUAUAACAGUCUCACAGAUCGCCAUCUCGUACACUUUUUCAGUUCUCCGAGGAUUCGUAGGCAUCUUAUACAAAGUGGACUUGUAUGUUAAAUAGUUUCAUGGAGCAGUUAUCCACUUCGGCCUUAUUUUAUUUCUGCACAUUAUUAUUCGUAUUUUUUGGGCUGAAUUUGGCUGAGUUGGGCAGGUGUUGGCGGAGUAUCAUUAUCAUAAUGUUCUGCCACACAGGUGUGAUAAUAUGCAUACAUAUUAUCGCGCAUGUAUGAUUUCCACGUCCAUUAACAAAACAACGUUUCGCACCAUCCGUGCAACAUUUUAUAUAUUGUGCAAAAUUGCAUAAUUUGUACUUAAGUAUCAUUGAAUUUUUCGGCAAAUGCUUUCCCUGCCAGCACCAGCCCCCUCUGGCCCCCUCAUGGCCCCGCCUCAUGAGGGGGCUAUGGCGGGGCCAGAGGGGGCUAUGAGGGGGCUGGAGAGGGGGCUAUGACGGGGCAAUUCCCCGAUGUGGCCCCCUCUGGCCCCCUCAUCGAAAAAAAAAUGCGCAUGGGGACGCCUUAUAGUUGUCGUUUUUUUCCACCACCCCUGGCCAUAUUAGACUGUCUGACGGUAAUACAGAUCCCUUAACGUCUAAUUACUCGCGUUAUAAUCCUGAUUACCCUUUUCCUAGACAGAUUUCCCCCGGUACCUGUCCUAUUUUAUCCCUUGUUGCCUUCUAGCGAACCCCAUAUCGCCAAAUAUGUCAUGUUUCAUUCCGGCUCCCCUUCCCAAAGCCAAUAUCUCCCGCGAUCGUUAGCGGACCUUCACGCGUGAUUGCAAACCCCCCAACGAACCAUAUCGAUCAGCACACUUAAACGCAAUUUAUAGGUUAACGAAAAUUUAUUGAUCGAUAAAGAUAAAAAUUGGAUACUUACAAACUGUCAUGGUUAGUAGAUUUCUGACAAACUCUUUCUCCUUUCGCCCGUCAGUAAUCGCCAGACGUUUAAUCUAUAAUACAUUCAAAUAAUAGAAGUGUCAGUAUAUGGACAUACCGCGUCUUGAGCGAAACCAGCAUCAAGAGUAGCAUUCGUAAGUUUGCUAUCCAAAAGGGAGGCCUUAAAAAUGAGUAAAUUUGAGGAAGGGAACGCAGGAUCCAGGUAGUCUUGGCAAUCAACAAAACAAAGGCUCAAAGUGCAGCUUUACAGAUGACUCUGCUACAACGGAUAUCUCAUUGAUAUUGCUUAAAUCAACAGGCAAUUAUUCAAUGAUAAUACAAAUUUACAGGUCAAAACUAACAAAAUAUCAUAAAAGAUAGCAAAAGGACAGUUCGUUACAUACCACAGUAACGUAUGCACGCAUACCACAGUAGACAGUAUUAGCACUCACAACGAGAGGAACGCAGCUCACGUGAGAGAUAAGUGCCGCAAAGUGACACACUUAAACAAUUAAGAGCAUUAUAUCAGGAUUGCCCAGAUAUGUAAAAAGCACAACUGCCGAGGUCCAAAAAUACUUUUUACUAUUCAAAAAACAAAUUUAAACCGAAAAAUGCACGCUUAUUCACGGAGUAAUGCCUGUUAAUGGUGCAUUACCAACGAGAAAACUUCGAGGGGGCUGGCCCCCUCAUAGCCCCUUCUGGGCCCCCUUUCAAGAGGGGGCCACGUGCUGGCAGGGUUGUCUGCGUAUUCCGAAUAACUUUAACUUAUACCGCGAACUAUGCGCAUUUAUUGAAUGCGACGAGAUCGGGCAUGGAAAUAAAACUACUGAUCCUGCGUCAAGCAGAAACUUUCGAUAUUGUGGAAAUUGCUACUAUUCUGCAGCACCUUCAGGCAGAUUUUGCGAACAAGUGUUUCCUGUGUCUCAUGCACCUGGUUCACAGAGGAUGGAAGUUUACUUAUUCCUUUUUUCGUUAGUAAUGAUAACUGCUUAUUGCCAUCAAGCCUACCAAAUGCAUGAACUCGAGCGAGUGAUGACUUGCCAUGUCAAUUGGCAUGUUCUUGAAGGAGAAUUUGGCGAUUCUCCUACUUGGUUCUCAUAUUGACGGACAUGUCAUGGGGCAGAAGACUAUCAUUGGUUGCAUGUGUCGCCCGAAGGAAUAACUUCGUUCCCCUCCGACAGUAUUUGCAUUGACUAUCAUAUUUGCUUCUAAUAAGUCCGCCCAACUCAUCUGUAACUUGACGUAUGCGCAUCACAAAGGAAUUUUUUGCAUGUGUAACUACAGUAUUUUCCACCAGAGGGCCCCAAGCACAUCCAUGUGUUUUCUCCAACAUCUUGCAACGGUUUAGAUCUCCAAUUUCCAUAAAAUAUAUUAAAAACAACCGAGUUGUCGUAAAAAUGGUGUGCUUUCAGCCAAUAAUAUGCUGCGUACAAUUACUAAAGCCUUUAAAGUCUUCCUCAUUGCCUUUAUGUGGUUGAAUAUACAUUCCCGUGAUAUCCAUCCAAUUUAAACAUUAAAAUCUGUUUAGGAGAUCUCGUAGAAUGCCUUGGCGGACUGUAUUGCCACUUUUACUGAAAAUGCUGAUUCGAAAUCUUAGUGUUUUAUUCUGUUGCCUUGAAUCUCGAGGUAUUUCAAAAUAGCAGUGGCAGAAUAUCUGAAGCAGCAAAGUCAGAGAUACUAGAAACAAGCAUGUGUAUGAGCAGAAACCGCAUAGUUCAGUCAGGAAAUGUGUGUCUCGUGAUGUGAUGCUCCUGGAAUUCAGGACUAGCAUCCAACUCCAACAGAAGUCACACACAAAAUGAUUUGCUUUCAAAAACCUCCUCUCUUUCGCGCGAUCUUUUCGCUACAGCUGACUGUUCUGUUGACUUGAAGUUUUUUAACUGAUGGGAUUAACCCUUCCUUAUCAUUAUCGCAAUGAUUUCUACUCAAUCUUUCCUCUAGGUUGCUUCCAUUUCUUUAAGAUCUGAGGUCCUUGUAGUGAAUACUAUUGUAUGUAGAGCUAAGAAUCAGGCCGUAUUUUGCAUUUGUAAACGAGCAGUUUAGUCUCGCCUGUUAUCUCGUCUACUCCAAUCUACACCCGUCUGGGCUCUGUCUUGUCACCAGGACAUUGUGCGUGUAGGAUGAGAAAGUGGGACAUAUGCUUUGAGAGCUCACUUUAUUCUAAAAACUUUACGCGUAAGUCACAUCUAAGCACUAAUAAUGGGCCAGUGGUGAAUUUCAUCGUCGUGUAAUUCGAAAGUGUUCUAAAAGUCACUGCCCGUCUCAGUUGCAUUGAAUUUAUGGAUUGACUUAAUGACACGAGUGCAGAAUUAUAUUUACGAGAGAAAUAGACUUAAUUCAAAUGUCCCUGCUCUCAAUCAAUCACCGAGUUACAAACCAAAAGGCAAGAAGAAAAUUGCCUUAAAGGUUGUUUGGAUAGACCUGGGAAAUGAGAAAUUUACUUAUCAUUUUUUUUACUCUUGGAAGCAAAAAGCUGUUUGACUCUAAAUACACGGGCAGUCAAAUCACGCUAAGUAACCUCCUUUUGGGCGUUUUUACAAUAUGUAGGGCAAUUUAGUUUUUUUAGAAAUCAUACCCAUAGGUGUAAGUAUGAAAGAGGAAUAAUGUCUGUAGUAUAACGAAAUGCGGUCGGAUCUCUUAGUAUAGAUAACAGAGUCGAGCCUACGGUAUAUUUCCGACUCAAACGGUUUCUUCAACCAGAUAGUAAAACGCUCGUGUUCUUAAUACGUGUUACGGCAAACUGUGUGAGGACUGCUAGGAUACUUGUUAUGCAACCCCUUUGGGAAGUCAUUAGGAGAAUAAGCGACCCCAUAGCUGAUUUUUAAGUUGGUAAUUAAAUUACCAUUACCACAGAAUAUCUGCCUAGCUCUUCAAGCCUCUGUCCAAGUAAGGACCGCCGUACGUAUUCCUUUCCCGCUUAUCCGGCUAGUCAUCUACCUUCGUCAGUGUCAAUUACCGAGACUGAUGCUAUACUCUAAAUCUUUUCAGUUAAGUUUUUGCAGCUAACUCCCCACUGCACUCUAAAAAUAAAUUUUUUUAUCUCAGUUUAAGCAUCCACUAUCACCAAUUACAUUAUACGACCUAACUCAGGAAACAUGAUGAGGGGCAUCGUAAUUAUCAUUCCAGACACCUAAAAUAUUGCGCAUUUUUCGUACUCGCCUAACUCGUCCAGGGAUAUGCAGAAUAUAUGUUUACUUAAUUUUAUAAAACGAAGCGUUUGCGAUUUUCAGUGAAAAUCUCCGUUACCUUACAUUCAGACAGCUCCCUAGGUUAAUAGCCGUCCCAACCUAGGUUCACAUGUUCGUGCGGAAGAGAGUAACUCAAACUUGACAGUUUUACGAAAAACGAAAUCAUGCCAAAUCUGAAAAUUGAUGUUUUUCGCUUAAGCCUAAUGAAGCAGAGUGUGAAAAUGAUCAUUAAUUUUAGAAAAUCAGACCUUUGUCAAUGACCGGCCUGUCAGCAUGUGACUUCAUGAAGACUUUCAUUCCUGUGACAUCCAUGUCGGUGAAGUCAAGCAAUGCGAAAGCGUAAAAAGUACAGAAACUUAUCUUAAAAUCGUUUUGACAACUGUGCCCAAACUGAGGUCGUUGGCCAACUGCCAUACAUUCAUCGACAGACAAACCCAGCAGGAUAUCCUUUCCGGAGAAGAUAGUCCAAGAAGAUGCUUUAUUUCUGUUCAGUAAAUUUUUUCAUCGGAACAGUUUAUUUUAGCCCGACUUUGUAAACUGCUAGUCGAGCUGCGUUUUUGCGAGAUGGGAGGGUUGCUCCCGAAACGUAAGCCGACCUCAGAAUGCGUAUCUUUACGACAAAUUGGAGUUUUCAACAUUCCGUCAUUUCUUCUGUGUAUGAGAGCGUCCAUAAAUGGGAGUUAUUUGUUCAUCUCUGUUUUGAAGGCAAAUUGGAUUCCUGGAAAAGUGGGGUUGAGGUUCUGUGGUGCAGUUCUAAUUGGUCUUUUUCGGUGGCAACAAACAUAUCGUCUACUUAGCUCAACCACAAUUUGGGGCUAAUUAUGGGGAGGGUUGCACCUUCUAAUUGCUACAUUAAGCUGCUACCAUAAAACCAGAUAUUGGCGGACCCAUAGAGGUGUUUUUUUAACUGUUUAACCGUCUUUGUUGAUAUUUAUUCCUAUUCCUUCACUUUACCUUUGUGCCAGAUCACGGAGGAUGGCGAAGUACUCUCUGAAAGCGAAUACCGUCUUACACAGGUCAAACGUGAGCAGAAGCACGCCCUGGUCGAUCUUUUUGCACAGGCUGUCGUUGAAAAGGCUCUCGAGGUGGAACGGACAAGACAGUGCGCCCUGCGCCAAAGUCUGGAGGAGAUUUGCAAAGCUCAGCGCGUCCGCCGAAUGAGGGUACGUUUUGACUAGCUUUCAAGCUUACACCCCUUUCGCCAACCGGAGCGGUAUUAACCAACCUGCCCUGGUUGUAGAACGAAAUACAGCGUUCCGAUUUGCUUUGACGCUCUAUUCCAGGGCCCUCAAAAACGGUGGCAUAGCCAAAAGCGGUAGCUAAAGGUUACGUGUUGUGGACAACUCAAAAAAGCGGGAUCUCAUGUAAACAUUCACAUCGUAUAGUGCUAAGGUUUGGCUGAAAAGAAGUGUAUUUGACUCUCCGCUGCAUGAGAUUUGGUCCGCUGCCCUACUUAGCAAGUUGGGAUUCCGUCAACGCAAACCUCAAUACAGAUUCUACUCCGACCCACAGACACGUCUGCUCCCUUCAGCUGGUACCGAUACUCACAAAAUAUGAACCUAAAUAUUUGCAUAUGUCGUCCGGAUUGAGACGUUCGCCCUUAAGAAUAAUAAGUAUAAAACUUUACUUGUAUUACGGCUGGCAGUCUUUGCCUGCGUUCAUCUGCUCCAUUAUCCUCACUUGGAACAGGAGCCUCUUCCAGGAGCACAAUAUGAAUCCCAAAAGCAUCAUGAGAUAAUUGUCUUAGACUAUUCUGCGCCUCAAUUAGAAGGAUAAAAACCAGUCUCGCCGCUAACUUGGUGAAUUUUGCCAAAACCUCUGGUACUGUGAACCGAGGCAGACUUUCGGAAACUUAUAAAAAGAAGACAACCUGAUAGUUGGAACAAAAAUCUUACUCGCCUCGCGUUUUGCAUUCACUCUCAAACUCAUCAUCAGCGCCAAUAGUGGAUGGGACCAAUGGACGCACAAAGGUGCAGUAUUUCUGGGACACUGGAAUGGCCAUUUCAGGCUUAUUAACCGUUGCCAGCCAGUCAUAGACAACCCCGAAUUGCGGAGUACCUGGGGCUCGAACACGCGACCUGUUAGUCAGAAGUCCACGCCUCUAACCCCCUGGCCAGGGAUCUGUUGUCCUGUCGGCUUCGAGCGGGAAUAAACAAUGGUAGAGGGGGGGGGGGGCGCUCACCGUUCCGUUGUGCCUUACGGGCUCUCUCUCGAGCUCAACAAGCAGCCGCACAGCGGCGCAUGAUAUAAGCUGGAGAGAGAACCUGUAAGGCACAACGGAACGAGUGGUUUCCGUAAGAACGAUCAGUGAGCACACCCUUCUGCCAUUGUAUUUUUGAGUUGCGGUUGUCGUGCGACCACCCGCCCGCUCUAAUUGCCGAUGAUCGGAUCAUGUGUUAUGGUUGCCUGAUCGCCCGUAUCCGAGUUGUGAAUAGUCGCAAUUUUACCAUCCGUGUUGGUUAUUGUCGCGACAAUACGGCUCUCUGAUACUAUCACCGGAAGCAGUACUCGCUCGCGCGCUCCUGAAACUGCUAGUUGCUCUGUUCAGACAGUUUCAGCUCCGAAGGUUUGACCUACUGCCACCGAAUUUGCCGUUACUUGGGAGCAAGUCCAGCCAUCCGUGUCCAGAGUAGUCCGCCGGUUUACCCGGCAUAGAUGCCUUGCGCACAACCGCACCAGGUUCGGUACGCGACCCCAGACGUCUCCCAUCGUAAUAGCUGGUCUUUCUAACUUUUCAUCCACAAAUAUGGUGAGUUGCAUAGUCGCAGACUUCCCUCAAUCCUCCUACAUUAUCAAUCAUGUUGCUAGACUCCCCCACAUUGCCUUAAGGCCUGGAAUCGGCAUCAACUACUAACCCAAUGGAAAGUUACUCAGCCGCCAAUUUUUAGACCGAAAUGACAGUAGCUAAGACUGAACUGAGCACAAAAAACCACAACCAGAGCAGAAAUGCGGCAUAGUCUGGGCCUCUGUCCGCGGGUAACCAACUUUCAGACCGACUACCGACACAGAGAAUGUACUGGACUGCUGUUAUCUAUCAGUGGCCUUUCCAAGCAUCUAGGCCUAUCCCAUUCAGAAAAAAACCUAGUUGGUGAUCGGGUCAUCUAAAACAGGGCAAAUUUCGGCUGAAAAUUCAGGAAUUCUUAUCUUUUUAAAAACACUUUUUCAUGAACGUAGUGAUUAAGCUUUUCAGUUCAUAUUAUGCCCUAGAAGGUUGCUUUUUGAUUUUUGUUCCUUUGCUCAAGAGAACGAUAUUAGAUAGCCUAGGUGAACAGAGGUUUGUCUCGCUCAUCCGAGUGUCCAGGUUCGAGUCUCCGAAUUGUAGAUCUUUUUGACGAUACCCCUACCAGAUGAGAAUAAAUCCUUAUUCUUAUUAGUUAGAACAAUCGAAAUAGCCUAUGUGCAAGAUUGCUAAACCUACCAAUAUUAGGAUGCUCUUACGUCUGUGGAGGGUCUUAUGGAAUUGAACAUGGGACUGUACAUCUUUGGACUGUCGAAUGCUCCGCUUUUUAAGUAAAACUUUUAAAGAAGAAAACCUUGACCUUCAUUUCAGCAAGGAAGCUAACAGAAACCUACCUAACUAGAACCACUUGGCAUAAAUUUACGGUUUCAUCCUCUGGGACUUACAUAAUGUCUAUGCUCACUGUAACUGGUAGUCAUCCUAAAAAUUUCGCCUAAGAAUCGUACAUUUAUGUUAGGAACCGUUUUUUUACACAAGCAGACUCCUUCUUUUCUUCCUUGCAUGACUUGAAAUGCUCGUUAAACUCCCACCGCCAAUUCAUUUCUGCCAAUUUCGUGCAUAACGCAUCUGUGCCGUACCGUCUCUAGCUCGCGUUUAUUCCGUGCUUGAUAUUUUGACCUUCGGAAAUCGCGUUCCAUCUUGGUUGCUAGGGCGGUAAGUCCGUCGCUAUGGUGCCAAGGAAAGCCGUCUCUUCGGCAACAGAGAUGUCUUACCGAGAUAUACCUGUUUGCUGAGAGUAACCAGCUAAUGAUUACCUAGUCCGAAAAAAAUAAAGCCACUCUCGUUUGCUUGCGUCAGAAGACGUAACCUCAGUUGCUUGUUGAUACAGAAGGAAACUAGAUGCACCCCCGAAAAAAGCACAUGUAAGUUCACCCAAUGCUAUCGGGUCCCACACGCGGACGCACCCGAUAAGUGUACUUCAAAAUACUUCUAAAUGCACUGUUAUGUAGUAGACACGUACAUUCACCUCACUAUCGGAUUUAAUUUAAUUUAAAUGCGUGUAAAUUAAGUGUCCCUAUAGAAAUUCAUUUUUCUACAGUUGGUUGUUUGCUACGCAAUAGGUGACCUUUCUGAGGUUUGUGCUUCGAAUUGGCACGAAUGGCCAGUGUAUUUCCCAACCCUUUUAGACACUUGGAAUGGUCACCACAGCAGCUCAGUCGAACAAGAAUGUUUUUGUGUGAUGUGAUCCUAUUGGUUAGAAUCCAUCUUAGCGGAUUGGUCAGAGAAUCAAUCCCAGGCUCUAGCUGGAAGGCAUUCAUGCCAUGACAUUGGAGGGUAGCACAUUCUGCCUUUAUCAUGCACCGCUUUGUGGCUGCCGGUGGGGCUCGAAAGAGAGCCCGUAAGGCACAACGGGAUGAGUGAGUUCCUUAGAAACGAUCGGUGAGUGCCCCUCUAUCAGGGUAGCACAUGUUCGCUGUCCAAGAUAGUCGCGUGGAAUGACGAAAUUGCUCCUUCUGGGUGAUGAGGGCUCAGUUGACACUUCUGCUGUCUGAUGGGAUAAAAUUUGACCGAAAAGUGGGUUGAGUACGAAAGGAACAGCAGCAUUUUAAGUGGGGAGGUCACCCAAGUACACUCCCAUUCUGGUCUAGCCGCGGAGGCCUUAUCCUUGUAGAGCGUUUGACUUCUAACCAGCAGGAUCAAGCCCCGGGUGUUCCACACUUCGGAGUUAGGUCUGACUGGCUGACGACGGCUAAUAAGCCAGAAAUUGCCAUUUUAGUCUCCUUUUGUCGGUAAUGCUAUUCUACCCAUAUUACGUGCCGCUGUGCGGCUACUGGUGGGCCUCGAGAGAGAUCCCGUAAGGCCCAACGGGACGAGUGAGUUCCAUAGCGCGAUCGGUGAGCGGCCUCCUACCAAAGCGUUUUUCAGUCUUGUCUCAUGUGCCUACGUUUCCACCCUUCCACUGGGAGCCCUCGCGUCCCGACUAUUUUGGGACACGAGGCUUAGCCACGUGAAACAUGGGCGUGAGGAUCGUGUUAUAGAAAUGCAAAGUCUUCAUUCAGAUUUUGGGUUUAUUCUUGAUUAACGACGUGUGGCCUCGAAGUGUACAUAUUCACAAAUGGCGUUAAGGUUUGAACAGAAAAGGUUCUUUCUAGUUCUGUCCUGGUCCAUUCUGUCGACACAGCCUGUCUGAUGAACUCUGGCAGGGCCUUCCAAGUAAUUUAUUUUGUUAUCGAACUGCGAGGGCGCAUCCUAUGGACUGCAGAAGCAACUACCGUCCAACUUGAGAAGACUUCCAUAGAGACCUUCCGUAUCGAUGACCCAACUUACGCCCAUCUGGCUCCCGAUAAUUGCCUCGUACUUCCUCCCCCCUUUAGUUCAGCUUGUCUUGACCUCGCUGAUGUCUUUAGUUCUCCAAUCACGUCCCCUCCUGGCCCUCCUUCAGCAUUUUACAUGCGUUCUGCAUUACCUUUUCCAGUAGUUCACGGGAAAAAAGACCCUCCCCCGUAUUACCGGUAUUUUGGCGCUAAAUUCCAGCGAGAUUAGGGUUAGGAUGAAGGUUUGAGCUCGGGUUAGGAUCAGGACACAGGAAUAAGUACCCCUCUUGAGAUCCAUCGCAAUGCCAUCUGUAUUACAAGGGAUUUCCUAUUCCUAUAUCGCGCUACCUCCCAUCCGCUUUCUCCUCCUAAAACUGAUGUACGAACUGCAUCGCUCAGUUUACCGCACUCUUAACAAUAGCAUGAUUUAGAGUUGCGUUAAAAAAGAGACUUUUUUAUUUAAAACGAAAAACUGAGGAAAAGAGUUGUUCAAUUUUAUGAAUUGCUAAAAGGAAAUUGAUAUAAAAGGACCGAGUUCGUUUAUUCUCCCCCUUGAGAAACAAUACCUGAAACAUCUAACUUGUCACGCGGGGGUGGUGUUUGCUGAUGCUGCCUAACGGCAGGACGGUAUUACGGCCUUAGUUUAUCUCCGUAGCUCUGCUCGUAGGAGAUGACAUUGCAUCGGCCAGGUAGUAACGGAUGAUUCCUAUCGACCGUGACAGAGCAGGAGAGAACGACCGUUUAUAAGAUGUUGACCGUCCUCAUCCAUCCGUGGCUCUAUCCCAAGCUGAGAAUGCCCGAGGUUUCAACCUGGAUCCGGUUGAUCACUAUUCAGUCACUCUGCCAGUCGAACCAACGGCCUGAUUUCAGACACAACCUACUGCAGUAGAGCGCACGUGACUUCGGACAUUUUCGAUGGAGACAAACGAGGCAUGAACCCCAGACUCCGAUGGUAGCGUCUGACUCAAGAACCAGCCGCGCCAAAAUUCCAGCGAGCAAUCAUCUUGACUUGGCGUCCGAAUGUAACUUCUUAAGGAUUGAAAUCAUCCAGGAAUUUCCAUUUCAGUUGCCCCAAUUUUUGUCAAUAAAACUUGACGAUUUCGAGGCUGCUUAAUCAGUUCCAGAGAAGUUAUUUCCGCAUUUGAAAUGUAGAAACUCAUGCAGAAGAAAUAUUUACGGACAUUGGAUUAAUAAUUUCUAUCUUAUUUGCUAUCAUUGGUAGAGAGACGUUACCCAUCGUUUUUACGGAACUCACUCAUCCCGUUGUGUCUUAGGACUCUCUUUCAAGCCAAACCAGCAGUCGCACAGUGGGACGUUAUAUGGACAGAAUGGUAUUGCCAACAAAGACAAGGGAGACUAGAAUGGCUAUUUCUGCGCGCCCCUCUAUUAUUGUGCAUUCCCGAUAGCAACCAACAAGAUAACAAGCCCGUGGCUCAAUGGGUAGAGGCGUUGGACUACUAAACAACAGGUCGAGGGAUCCAGCCGGGGGGGUUGGGUAUGACUGGCCGAUGACGGCUGACAAAUCAGAAACGGCCAUUUCAGUCUCCCUUGUCUUUGCCGGUAAUGCCAUCAUUGAAAAGCCGGGCCUGUACCCCAGUCGGCGCCGACCUAAGAUUCAAAGGCAGGCCAGUUAACUAUGGAGUAUCUGAGCAGGCACGUUUUCUUCUGCAUCCACAAUGGUGAAAUGUCUAUUCAGUUGAACAGAACGUCAGUUAUGAGCGAUUUUAAAAAAAACUACAUGCAACCAUGAACUAGAACAUAAACACGUGUUAGCUAGGUGGUCAUACACGUGUUUUGCCGGGGUAUCUGCUGCUGUAUGGUGCAGUUAUGAGGUGCUCACCUCAUAAUUUGGUCCCCCCCCCGACUUUCCCCCAUUUGGUUUCUGGUAUGUACCCCAGAUCUUCAAGUAACCCGUCUUGGUUGGCAACGUGUGUUUUCGACUAUUUAUCGUCAGGCUAGUACAAGAAUAUAGAUCUCGGUGGAGCAUUGGUUGUUGUUCAACUUCUUCCGUUCGACUGUGACAUGAAUUACUGUGCUGCCCUGACGAUGAAUAAUCAGAGAGGUGCGUUCACCACCUUUGACUUUCUCCAUGUUCACAUGGGCGGGCCAAAUGGCCGUGUAAUCAUCACGCCAACAUCCAACACGGAUGAUGAAAUUGCGGCAGUUAACGCUCGGACGCGGACUGGCGAGCCAUCACGCCUCAAUUACGACCUCUAACGGUGAUCGCUAGAGCUGUUGAUUAUAUUACUCAUCUGGCCGCACGGCAACUACGUACUACAAAUACUGCAGUCUUUGUGACACCAGUGCCCUUAUCUGCGACUGUCUCUGAUGGUGGGUGCGAGUGAGAAUCCGAAACGUCAGGCCAAUAAAUUUGUUGUUCCAGUGAUCACCUCUUCGUCUUCUGAACUGCUAUCUGGAACUCUCCUGUUCGUUUCUAUCAGCAAUAUCAAUAAAUUAGACGGGGUUUCAGGGAAAAUAGAUAUCCGCGCAAUUUCGUCAACUGGUGCAUGCGCAAAAAAGAUGAGCGACACAGUCGCACCGAUCGCAAAUGUUGGUGAGGGAUUUCGUAUGUUAAGAACGUCACGGAGGCCAUCAGGCGCCCUCUCGCACCACUUGAAUGUGGAGUCAUACACAGACCGAAGGCAACCGUUAGGCGCCAGAUAAUGAGACCAAACUAUCCACUGUCACGGUAAGAAACAUCUGGAGUCGUUUAUCGGAUUUGAUGCCGUUGCCGGCAAAGCAGCUACGUCGGAGAAACCGGGAGACUGCUCCGAACGAGAAUGGUUGAACACGCGGCAACAGUGCGGAUAAACUAUGCCAGCACCCGAGUCGCGGCUCAUUCGACGAGACUCCACCACACAUCCAAGUUAGACGCGGUCGAAACUCUCCCGAGAGGGGAUAAUCGCGCAAGUCGCUUGAUUCACGGUUCAUGGGACCCCAAUAUAUUAGCAAGUGCAAUGACCUCCCCACCCCAUAGGCUUACUUUGGUCGGAGUAAUUAACCGCUUUAGGAGCGUGCAGGCCUGUGGGCCGCGUGGCCGAGCCAUCAUCACGCUAGCAUCCAACACGGGUGAUGAAAGUUCAGCAAUUAACGGCUUGCGCGCCAGGAGCAACUAUCCUCGAUGAAUUGUGAAGCGCCGUUAAGUGUCACAGGUAUGCAGUAGCAUAGCGACUGCAUCCUAUAGAUAUUGAAACCUCCUGUGUGUGAAGUACCUGUACCUGAUACCCUUCCUGAUACUGGGGUCCAGCGUGUAUCCGUAACGUCAGGCGAAUGAGGCUCCUGUUCCCGCGAUCGCAUCUACUUUUAACCCUAAUUUCUCGGAAGUUAGUACAAGGCCGACUGCAAUACGGAGGUUUCGUAUCUCCUUCUGAUGCAGAUAUACCGGCGUGAUGGAAAUAAAUAAAAAUUCGGAAAUUCGGUUUUACGAUUUUUUCUGUCCCUGCUUGUGAUGUUUAGACUAGCUUUGUGGAUGUCAGGAGCACGGAAACAGCUCUCAUAUUUACCUUAAUAUUUGUGGAGACAAGUGUCCACAGGACAGGACCGAAGGCUGCACAUCCUGUACUUUGACAUUUGUUAAAGACAAAUCGCACUUUUGGUCCAGCUGGGCUAUCAGUUUUCGUCAGGCACGGAAGUAUGAACCCCCCUCCUCGUAUGACAGGUAGUUUUGUCGUAAAUCCCCGAGGGGUUAGUAUUAGGGUUAAAGUUACGACACUGUAAUAGGCACUCUGUGAGAUUUAGCGCAAAGUUACCGAUAGUACGGGAGUUCAUAUUCUUGUAUCCUGUCGCCGUAGUUUUCUAAAGCACUGAACUCUUUCUUAACAUAACCUCUGAUGAAAAACUACAGAGGAAGGUGUGCAUGAGGGGAAGUAGCGGUUUCGGGCUCGAGUGAGUGCCAUCAGCCGGUCCUGGCCCCGGUCAAGUGAACCAGAGAUUCGAGCCUGCAGUCCGUGCUCUGUCGACUGUAGGCUGUAAUAUUCAGCGUCACAACAGCACGUUACACGGACAUGCAUUAUCGCCUAAUAAGUUGUGACUUUAUUACAAAAUGCCACUUGGCAAUUUUAUUGGGACUAAAGGGAGCACAUGGGGAGCUUUCGUGGGCCCACUGACGAGCCUAUCAUCCCGCAUUUAUUCCAUGGAGCCGCGGAGUAACGAUCUUUGGAUAGUUCGAGGACACAAAAUACAGUCGGAUUCGUGAGUGUGAACGUUAACCUGAUAUUCCGCUAAAUUUGCACUUUCCAUAGGUACUUCCAUACAUAACUGGAGGCCUACCGCUGUCUUAUAUCGGCUGUUACACCAUGUUGUGAUCGUGUCCUUCAGAAAUUUCACCCACUAAAGCACAAGGGAAUGCGGUCCUCUGAAAUUAAUUGAAUAUUUUAUCUGAUUGCGCUUUUUUCAGAGAGUUCUCACUUAAUUAAAGAUGUCUGAUGCAGAUCUGUGUCUAAACACUCAAAUCAAGGAAACCCACUAUCGCUAAGCAAAAAGCCCGUCCCAUGGAAUAAGGUCUUUCUUGUGAGUUUCACUUAAAGCCUCUGUGGUUGCGGUAUCUCAUCCUCGACGGGCCAUAACCCCUCCAGAAGCAGGGAAGAGAGUGCGUACUGCAAUUUCUCUUAGUUUUCCACGUCUUGUAAAAGUUUUUUAAGCAGUGUUUUUGCAUAACAAUUAUCUGUUACCACCUGCGCGUGAAAUGCUGCUGAUCCCUCUUAUGGUUUCCUUCCUCCUAUUCCAUUCUUUAGGAGGAAAGAAGGCGACGAAAGCAACUGGGAUCCUUCGCAGGAAUCGUCAGCGAUCCUCUUGGACCCAUGGUAAAGCUCGUGUUGUGUAUCAACGCACAUUGCUCUAUCCGUUUGUCUGCCUGACCCCUGCGCCUAUCUUUUCCCACUACUGAGAAAAUACUCGUGAUUACUUUGCUACUGGAGUGAAUUCAGUAGCACUCUUAUAUGGGACAAUAUGUUCUCCGAAACAUUAGGGUCAUGGAUAAACAACCAAACUGUAUGAUUCUAUAGUUUCCAUUAUUUUAAGUCUUUAAAAGUGUUAAAACAAAAUUUAAGUACACAAAAUAGCAAUUUCUGGAUGCUUAGUUGAAAUCAGUCAAUUAUGCCCCAACCACUGCUGGGUUGACGUCACUUUUACUUAGCGGCCAAUCACAGUGGGCGCAAUCUCCCUUGAAAGAAAGAGUUCAGGGUUGAGUACCGGUUGCGAUUAUGUAAGAUUCGGCGUUCCAACAGUGACAAAAAUUUCGGCGACAUUACUGCCUAGUUUGGCUUAAAUAAGCGUGCUCCGGCGAAGCUCUACAUCAGGUUUUCAAUCUUUUAUUAUUUGGAAUGCUUUUUUCAUGACUAGUACGAUAUUACCAGAUCCCUUUGUUGCCUGUUUGGCAUUAAUUUUGUCUCUUAUCCGUCUCUGGACAAAUAUCGUGAAAAACCAAGACACUUGUAUUCUCAUGUUGUUCAGUCACUUGACGUUUAAAUGAACUUUCUGACCUAUUUGACCAGAAGGAUCUUGAUUUGGAGGAACUAAAAGAGGCCUUCGAGGAGUUGGAUGAGUCAGUUCUUGUGUCGGUAAAAGGAGCCGUUGCAAUUCCUCUUUCAGAAUUUCUAUUUGGAGUUCUAGUUUCGCGCAUUCCUUUCAACGUUUCGUUUAUUUUCCCUCACAUUUCUUUUUCUGCGGUUUUGGUAAACGGAUUAUCAACUUGUUUGCCCCCCCUCUCACUGUUAAUUCACCCAUUUAGCUUUGAUUGAUUUCUGUAUCUUCCUUUAGUUAGACGAUGAAAGUAAGCGCGAGUUCAACCGCAUGCUACAAAGGCAGUAUAGGAUAGGUCACAACGACCCGCAUGGAGACAACCAACGUGAGUGUUUUGUCUUUAACAAAAAAGACUGGUCUGUUUCAAACGACAGGACACUGAACACUAAUUUUUUGCAGUUUUAGAUAAAGGCGAACCUCCAAGGCGUUUCAGAAAGAGUAGGACGCGCAGUGAUGCCAGGCCGUGCAAAGCCACUGUCAACGGUGAUGUAAGUUUCUGCGUAUGCUCCUAAGUAGUGGAACUGUUGACGUAAAAAGUAGGGAAAAAGCCGGCGGCGGAGCAGAUGUACUCCUCGCCUCAGACAGAUUUAGCUUCAUUGACAUGGGAAGGUCGUUCUCUGGCCUAUUUGGACCCUUUUGCCUGUUAUGAGAGAUUUUUGAGUUAAUAUCGGGUUCCUGGGCGCGCUCAUCCUUCUAACCUCCAAAACUAGCUACGUGUCUACGGCGUAUCUCAUUAUGUAACGCGCCUGCGCUGAUUGCUUAUUACGUUAUUUUGCUAGGGGUGCAUUUGUGUUUAUGUUUCUCGAUCAUUCAUCCUUUCGCCACGAGCGAUUGGGGCUUCUGGUCUUCUGUGGGUUGUAACGACGGCCCUCUCCCUCCUUCUCCCCCUCCCCCCCCUUUCUGCCUCUCUCGACCUCUCCUUCCCUUUCCAACCCUCUCUCUUUCCCCCGUCCCCACACUCUCUCCCUCUCCCUCAUACAGGGCGCAUCCCAUAAUACGCACCAAACAUGGAAGAGGGUGUUGUUGACACUCCUAGGCGCAGGCUCACACCACGCCGGCCGUUUGCGCCCAAUCCCAGUAUCAUAUCGUCGGCCGACUUGGACAGUGAACUGGUGCGUCGGUGAGCGAAGGGAGAGAGAGUAAGGUCGGCCCUGGAGACUCCGUCCCCACUGCCACUCCAGCGCAUUCCUCACCAUAAACAAUCUGAUGUGCUUCGAAAUUAUAAUGACGCGCUAAAAGUCAUGGCUUGAAGGUUUUCAACUGACUGGGUAACUCAGUUUCCUUAGGACAAAGAGUUAGGUUUUAAUGGCUCCUUCUGAAUGUGGCCACUAUAGCACUCCCAGUCAAAUGGGGUCCGAGCCGCCCACCCCCCCUCCGUGUCUCUGCGGCAACCUGGUCCAUCUUAUGCGGAUGUGGCCUACGUGGUCCGCGUGGACUGACUGCGUAGCUUUGCCAGCCUCCAUACCCGACCCCGCCUCCGGCCGCUCUGAGUCUUUCUUGCUACCGGGCCCAAAAAGGUGCGAAAGAAGGCAAUGCGUCCUAUCCUGCUCAAAUCUGCCAUCACUGCAGGCUAAUUCACUCGCAAAUCAUUGUCCUGCGUCUGCCGUGCUGUGGGACACGGUGGAUAUACUCAUUCUGGACGUCGGAACUGUCGAGUCCUAGAGAUUGUGCGACAUGCGCGUAACAAGCGAACAUCCAAGGUCACGAACACGUGAUCAGAACUCCUGAGCGCCGAUUGGCCGCCCGCCAUCCUACGACAUUUCCUCAUGACGUGUAACCGGCAGUGGCUUCCAAGACUUGCCACUUAGGCUGUCUUUUGUGCGCAUUGCACAUCCAUUAGUCAGGAGAACAUAGUAAUAGUUUAUCCACCAGAGGUGUGUAUAGGAUGGAAUGAGGCCAUGUGCAUUAAGACCGGGGAGAGGGGGGGGGGUACCGGUGGGUGAGGUUUAGUCGACGGCCUCAUUGCAGGGCGCAAUGGCCAUUUCUGGCUUAUUAGUCGUCGUCAGCUAGUCAUGCCCAAACCCGAAGUGUGGAACACCCGAGGCUCGAACUCGCGACCUGUUAGUUAGAAGUCCGCGCCUCUAACCACUGGGUCACGAGCCCGUUGCCCUGUCGGUUUAGAUCGGGACUACAGCUGGAUAUAGUUCCACGAGUUUUUCGAGUUAGUCAGUCAUUACCCUUGCAACGGUCGAAAGAGCAUCUUUUGGGAACGUAGAACGGAAUUUCCCAGCCCUGUCGACCGUGUGCAUUAUUGAAUUGACUCCUAUCCGUUCGCCGGCAUGCCGUACACAACUGGAGAAGUUUCUUGGACGACUGCCUGACGACCAGUGUUUAGAACAUCCCGGACGAACUUGGCUGAACUCGAUUAAAAUAAUUAAAAGGUAUUUGGAGUAUAUUCGACCGCCCUCUGUUGGCCCGUUCGCGUAACUCCCACCAAGUCUGUUUAACCGACCUGCUUUAUAGCCUGUCUAGAUUAAUUCGUCUGAGUUGGCUUACUUCCUGCCGCCCGUACGUGGAAACGGUGUAAAUAGGCAGAUUUGGACGGAAACACGGUUCUAUAAUGUGUCAUGUCUAGCAACAUUUAAAUACUGCACUCACAAGCUAAUGUCUCUGGGCGUACAGGCAGGAAGGUAUGGCGUACAGUCGGAAAAGUGUGGCGUAUAAUCAGAAAGGCAGUAUCAAAUUACGCGGGAAGAAGACGGGAGGUUCGAACAAAUGGCAGGAGGGUUGUGGAAAACAGAAGGACGUAAUUUUCCGAGACAAACAAAAAUUGUAAAGUAGACGACAAAAGUGUCCAUAAAAAAGAUAGCAUAUGUAGGAACGUACAAUUUAUUCGGUGGAAAAGAAGAAGUUCUUUCCCAGUCUUCUACUUCAGGGAAACUCAACAAAUGGGUGGCUGAAAUGUCACUUGCAUUCGGUUGUGCGUCAGGCCAGCUUUAUGAUUAAACACGAGUGUCCUUCGCAGUUAAUUCACUACCUCUUCGUCCAGGAGUUAAGGACCUUGUCCCUAUGAAAUGCAUUAUGUAUAUUUGACGACAGUAAAUCAUCCUGUCUGGUUGUUAAAACACGAACUUAACGUCGCAACACUAGCACUCUAGCACCACCGCAAGGAAAGUCACUGCUCUACCAAAUUCUACAGUUAGCUUAGGGGUUAUUUUCGAAUGACAGGGGAAAUACCCCAUGAAUUUUGGGACUUCCCUCGAUGGUAAGACGCUAAUUUGAAACGAUUUUUGUGGCAGUUCAAGGCACUAGCAAAUGAAUGACUAUUUCGCCCCGACCUUUUGCGCAUUAGAGCUUGAAAUCCACCCGAACUCGUACCCUUUGGUAGAUUAUCACAGAAGGUCGUGGACAAUUAAAGUAUGCAUUCAGCCUUUGGGCAGAAAAGUGCGGUCACACGGUGUCACCGCAGGAAAGAAGACAGUGCUCACCGAAAUGGAUCUGCUCAUGCUGAGGUGUAUUUAUCAGCGACCUCGGGUGCUCAUAAGUAGACUUGUGGAUUUGAAGGAGACACGAUCGUUGGGACAAGAACUUUAUUGCCCUGGCGUUUCGGAUUCCUGCUCGAACCCAUCAUCAGAGACAAUAGCAAAUAGGGGUGGAGCGUACAGGCGAACAUCAAAAGAUGCCAUGAUCUCAUUUGGAUGGAGGCUUACCCCUUUAAGUUUCAUCCAGGACAUCUUGGAUGUCCUCGUAUGCCGCAAGGAUUGUGGUGGACUAACGACCAAAGUGUUCACGAAAGCGACAAAUACGACGCAAGUACUGAACUUCAACAGCGACCACCCACUCAACCACAAACGCAGUUGUGUAAGGACGCUCUAUCUGCGUGUCGAAACGCACUGCAAUGAGCCGGAAGACAAGAUUGCAGAACUGCAAUACCUCCGACGGGUCUUAAAAGCCAAUGACUACCCGCGCACAUUCGUCCACCGGUGCAUACGCAAAAGGGACGAAAGGCCUAGCCGCACGGAUACCAAAUUUUGGCGAACGCUUCCAUAUGUCAAGAACGUUUCGAAAGCUGUCGGCCGUCUUCGCGCGCCACUUGGGGUUGGUGUUGCACACGGACCAGAGGCAACUAUCAGGCGUCGGAUAAUGAAACCGAAAGACCCACUACCACGGAAAGAAACAUCUGGAGUCGUUUAUCGGAUCUGGUGCAGUUGCGGACAAAGCAACUACGUCGGAGAAACCGGAAGACAACUCCAAACGCGAAUGGCCGAACACGCUGCAGCGGUGCGGAGAAAUGACGCCAGCUCUCAAGUUGCGGCUCAUUCGACGAGAUCCGGCCACACAUUCAGAUUCGAUGAGGCCGAAAUUCUCGCUGGUGGUGACAACCGCGUGAGCCGGCAGCUGCUUGAUUCAUGGUUUACUGGCCACCAGUCCAUUACCAAGUGCAAUGAUCUUUCCCUUCCAUACUCGAUGCUGAGACUUCGCCUGGGCGGAGUUGUUGGCCACGCGGGGAGCGCACAGGUGAACACUGUUCCCAACGGCAGGGUCGGUGGGUCAGAUGGUCAAGCAAUCAUCACACCAACAUCCAACGCACGUGGUGAAAUUGCAGCAAUUAACGACGCGUAUGUCGGCCAUCGAACAAGUAGCACAUCAAGUGCGACGAUCCCGGAUGAAGGGGGGAGCCGUGAAUGUUCAUAGGUAUGCGGCAGCAUGGCGACUGCAUUCUAUAAAUACUGCAGCCCCUUAUGCAUGAAGCAUCCGUAUUUUCUGUUGUCUCUGAUGAUAUGUUCGCGCAGGAAUCCGAAACGUCAGGCUAAUAAAGCUCUUGUCCCAGCAAUCGUGUCUUUUUCUUCAAGACUGCUUCCUGGGACUCGUCUCUUCGCUUCUAUUGACUUGUGGAUUUGUACACAGUCAGUCACGGCGAUUUUUAUUACCAGCGGGAACCUUGUAAUAGUUUUUGCCUUCCCUUGCUGCACAGUGCUUAGGUUCCUCCUUUCCGGCCAUCGGUGACUAUGAUUAAUGGGUCAGAGGGCCAUAUGCUUUUUCUGCCAAUCUCAUGUGUUCAAGUUUUUUAAUUGGUGACGAACAGUCAGAGGCGGCCUGCGGCUCAGUGUUGCAAUUGUUUCACUGUCUGCAUCGAAUCGUCCCGUAGGCUUGAAAAAUUCAGCCUCUUUUCCGACACAGCGUCAGUAGCUGAGAGUCCCAGGGACACCUUCCUGACUUGUGACUCUUUUUGUCUGGCCAAUGUUGGUCAGAUUUCGUCGCUCUCUCCUUCUCUAGACUUCUCUCUCUCUCCCUCCCAGGGUAUUGGUCUGGGCUUGCAGCCGGGUGCAGCCAAUGCGGAGAACGUGUACGGGCCUCAGCGGUGGAUCAGCGAGAAACAGAAGUGUGCCAAGGAGCAGAAGAGUCUAGCCGACCUCAUGACGGCUAACCAGCUUCGCUUUAGCAAGGCUUUCUCUGGAGGCCCUAUUCUGCCACCGGUGCCGAGACAUUUGGCUGAGGAGAACGCCAAGACCGCAAACGGUGACUCC